GCCCGUUCAAGUUCGGGUCUGAUCAAAUUCUCGUUUCCGCAGUGAUUGAAAUUCGAACACCCGAUAUCACUCCAGUCCCCGAGUAACAGGUAUAUCGACGUGUCAGAGCAUCCUACAAGCCACCUUCGUCGUUCGACGCAGACUCUCCUAACCAACUCUAAGCCAGCCAUGUCGGACCCCGUCGCUUCCAAGUCUGGCUUCCUAUGCAUGUACAUGAAGAACCAUCCUGAUACAUUGGUUGCAUAUGUCAAAUAUUUCGGGAAAGUUGAGGGCAAUGUACUCACCGCUGAGAUGUCUAGCAUUGACUCAAAGGGCAUGACACUUCUGUACAAGCUCAAGUCUGGACAAUCGAAUACGAUUCGAGUACCAUUUGAUCCAUUGCUUUCAAAAUACGAGGAUGUCAAACCCCGCCUUCUGAGCAUGAAGGUAGAGGCCCAGGAAGGUCUUGGUAUGCUCAAAGCUCCCCAAAUCACCACAUUCCGGUUUCCCCUACGCCCGGGUGUCAUCACAGGAGCCGUUUUGCUCGCGUACUUUUAUCUCGUUUCACCACCACCCCCUAGCACCACAUUCCUCUCUAUCCCUGUCACCACCAUGGAUGCAUUCUUCUCCCCAGCGCACGCGUUUAUAAGUGCCACUGGUUUCGGUCUUUCCUUCCGAACUGCUUGCACAAUACUCGGUGUCAUUCACGGGGCUGAAGCGCUAUAUACCUGGUCUCUUUGUAGGCGUUAUGUCAAGGGCGUCGUAGCGACCGCCGCUUAUAUGGGAUUUACCAUGAUAUUCGGAAUGCCGACGUGGAUAGACCUCAAAAGGCACGUUCAGGAGAAACGCAUCGAAAGUGUUAUGAAGGUUGAAUAAUAGACGUUCUGCGCGUCCUUUCUGGGGUGAAUGCACAAUCUUCCUCUUGUUCUUGUAUGACGACAUCAAUGUACUUCAAUCCGAGCGUUCGACUUUGGUCUGCAGUUACGACAAUCUGUUUUUCGGUUCUCAAUCAAUAAUUUUACAUUGCGGGCAGUGCUGUUUUGAUCACUAAGAGCCUUCAAG